UAAAGAGUUGAAUUUGUUGUGACUAUUUGUGCUACUGAUAUUCUAGUGACAUUUUAGUAAUCUAAAGAGUUGAAUAUUGUGACUUUUGUGCUACUGUUACACCAAGAUGCCAGUGAAAAUGCCAGCUAUUGGAAUCGACCUGGGUACGACCUACUCCUGUGUGGGUGUAUGGCAGCAGGGGAAGGUGGAGAUCAUUGCCAAUGACCAGGGCAACAGGACGACUCCCAGCUACGUCGCCUUCACAGACACAGAGAGGCUGAUAGGAGAUGCUGCCAAGAACCAGGUAGCCAUGAACCCCCAGAACACAGUGUUUGACGCCAAGAGGUUGAUAGGUAGGAAGUUUGAUGACCCCAAGAUCCAGGAUGACAUGAAGCAUUGGCCCUUCAGAGUCGUCAGUGACUGCGGUAAGCCAAAAAUCCAAGUUGAAUAUAAAGGAGAGGUUAAGAAAUUUGCACCAGAAGAAAUCAGUUCAAUGGUUUUAACCAAGAUGAAAGAAACUGCAGAAGCUUUUCUAGGUGGAACCGUCAGGGAUGCAGUAAUAACAGUACCAGCUUACUUUAAUGAUUCUCAGAGACAAGCCACAAAAGAUGCUGGAGCUAUUGCUGGUCUAAAUGUGCUUAGGAUUAUCAACGAGCCGACUGCUGCUGCUUUGGCUUACGGAUUGGACAAGAACUUGAAGGGGGAGAGAAAUGUUUUGAUUUUUGACCUUGGAGGGGGAACCUUCGAUGUGUCUAUUCUCACCAUCGACGAGGGUUCCCUGUUUGAAGUGAGAGCGACAGCAGGCGAUACUCACUUGGGAGGAGAGGACUUUGACAACAGACUAGUCAACCAUCUGGCUGAGGAGUUCAAGAGGAAGUAUAAGAAGGAUCUACGUAGUAAUCCAAGAGCCACUCGAAGACUACGGACAGCUGCGGAGCGAGCGAAGAGAACCCUGUCUUCUAGCACAGAAGCGAGCAUUGAAAUUGACGCUUUAUAUGAAGGGAUCGAUUUCUACACCAAAGUUUCUCGAGCAAGAUUUGAAGAACUUUGUGCUGAUUUGUUCAGGGCGACAUUACAUCCUGUAGAAAAAGCUCUCAAUGAUGCAAAAUUGGACAAGUCUGCGAUUCAUGAUGUGGUAUUAGUUGGAGGAUCGACAAGAAUUCCCAAAAUCCAGAACAUGCUGCAAAACUUCUUCUCAGGCAAAUCUUUGAACCUCUCUAUCAACCCAGAUGAAGCGGUAGCCUACGGUGCUGCAGUCCAGGCUGCAAUAUUGUCUGGAGACCAGAGUUCAGCAAUCCAGGACGUGUUGUUGGUUGACGUUACCCCACUCUCCCUGGGAAUAGAGACAGCUGGAGGAGUUAUGGCCAAAAUAAUCGAGAGGAAUGCACGAAUACCAUGCAAACAAUCCCAAACCUUCAGCACCUACUCGGACAACCAGCCAGCCGUCACCAUCCAAGUGUUUGAGGGAGAACGAGCCAUGACCAAAGACAACAACCUUCUCGGUACCUUCGACCUCACAGGCAUCCCGCCUGCGCCUCGUGGAGUGCCGAAGAUAGACGUCACCUUCGACCUGGACGCAAACGGUAUCCUCAAUGUCUCCGCCAAAGACACCAGUUCUGGGAAGUCCAAGAACAUCACCAUCCAAAACAACAAAGGUCGCCUAUCAAAAGAGGAGAUUGACAGGAUGGUUUCUGAGGCAGAGAAAUACAAGGAGGAAGACGAUAAACAAAGAGAGCGUAUCUCGGCGAGGAAUCACCUGGAAGCCUACGUCUUCAACGUGAAACAGGCUGUGGAUGAGGCUGGCGACAAGCUGAGUGAGAGUGACAAGUCGACAGUGAAGAGUGAAUGUGACGAGACUCUGCGAUGGCUGGACAACAACACAUUAGCUGAGAAGGAGGAGGUCGAACAUCGGCUGCAGCAGCUACAGAAGCAAUGUUCUCCAAUCAUGGCCAAGCUGCAUGGUGCAGGACAGCAAGGUACUCAGGGUCAACAUGGCAGCAGGACAGGACAGGGACCAACCAUUGAAGAAGUUGAUUAAAUCAAUAAUUUGUAGGUAAAAGAUCAUUUUUCAUAAUUUUGUUCCUACUGUAAAUACCUUUGAAGAUGUAAAUACAAAUCCUGUAAUUAUUUAUGUAAAUAAUCCUAUUUAUCUUUUGGAAAUUUUGUAAGUUGAAGUAUAUACAAUAAAGAUAUUUUUAUUUAUAA